AAGCCAAUGCCCAAGUAAACACAUGGCUGAGCUCUUGACCUUAUAAGAGCACAAUUGGUGGGAGCUCAGCUUCUUCAACAGCUGCGGAAUAGUAUUUUUUUUACAGGAGAAACUUCUGACAUUCAGGCUUUAAAUGAGCUUUGAGUAUAAGGUAUAGAGAUGGAGGAGGUGAGAAGCCAGAGAUUUGAGCUGAAAGCCAUGGAAGCAUGUUCAAGGCAUAAGAGAUCCAAGAGUGAAAUUUACAAUAGAGGCAAGGGUGAUCUACUGGAAUCUCCAUCCACAUCUUGUGGUUUGAAGGAGGAUAUGAAGAACAGAGAGUAUGACAUUGAUGCAGAGAAGAAGCUGAUUCAUACUAAGAAGGCUCAAGGCGUAUUGAAGCAAGAGAUUAUGCAACUGGAAAAACGGCUCAAGGAUCAACUGGAAGCACAUCUUAUGCUAGAGAAAGCACUGGGCUAUAGAAAAACAGUAAUUGAUUCCUCAAAUAACAGUUUCACCCCCAAGCUUCUUAUUUAUCAGCCAGCCAAGGAGUUAAUAAGAGAGAUUGCAGUGUUAGAACUAGAAGUCAUGCACUUGGAGCAGCAUCUUCUAUCACUCUAUCGAAAAGCUUUCGAUCAGCAAAUCCCAACUUUAUCUCUCAUUCCUUCCAAAUCUAAAUCAAAACACCCAGUUGGCUAUCAAAGAAAGCCAUUUCAUGAGCUUCCAAGCCCCCAAAUCUCAUCUAAAACCAUCUUUCCAUUAGUUCACUCCACCAGAAUUCUUCCAUCUCAAAUCUCAGCCUGCAAGUUAGCAGAUGAAUCCUACCCUGAAAACAUCACCGAUCGCAACGUUAAUCGCUGUCAUUCUGCUCUAAAUCAGCGCACAGUUUAUUCAUCUCGAAUUUCUUCUUCGGAAGCAGCACUAGCUAGAGCUCUUCAGGAUUGUGAUUCACAGCCAUUGUCAUUUCUUACAGAUUGGCAUGAUUCAAAUUCUGGCAUGUUAAGCCUUGCGGAAUAUCUUGGAACAGGCAUCACUGAUCAUGUUGCUGAGACGGCAAACAAAAUUUCUGAAGAUCUGGUUAAGUGUAUGGGUGCUAUAUACAUUAAACUUGCAGAUCCUCCUCUGCUGAAUCCUGGCCCAUCUUCUUCUCCCACUUCAUCAUUAUCUUCCAUGAGUGCAAUUUCUCCUCAGUGUGCUGGUGAUCUGUGGAGUCCUGGGUGCAGAAAUGAAACGAUUCUUGAUACACGACUCGUAAAUCCUUUUCGUGUGGAGGGCUUGAAAGAGUUUAGCGGUCCUUAUAAUUCUAUGGUGGAAGUUUCCUCCAUUAGAAAUGAUGAGCAGCGUUUGAAGACUGUUGAAGAAUUGCUUGGUUCUUACAAAUCUCUUAUUCAUAAAUUGGCUGCUGUCAAUGUAAAGAGGAUGAAGAAUGAUGAAAAGCUGCCCUUUUGGGUUAAUUUAAACAAUGCUUUGAUAAUGCAUGCUUAUUUGGUUUAUGGAGUUCCUCAAAGUAGUAUGAAAAGGACUUCACUGCUAAUCAAGGCCACAUGCAUUGUAGGGGGUCAUUCCGUCAAUGCCGACAUGAUACAAAGUUCAUUUCUAGGGUGCCGCACGCAUUGGGCAGGCCAGUGGUUUAGAACAUUUAUGCUUCCAGUGAUGAAAUUUAAGGCUAGAGAUGAAUGGAAAAGGCUCUAUGCCAUUGAGAAACAGGAACCUCUCCUACAUUUUGCACUAUGUUCAGGAAGCCAUUCUGAUCCUGCAGUCAGAAUUUAUAGUGCAAACAAAUGGUUGGAGCAGUUAGAAACAGCGAAAGCAGAGUACAUCAGAGCAACGGUCGGCAUUCAGAAGGAGAAGAAGAUGUUUCUACCUAAGUUGAUAGAGAUUUAUGCGAAGGAUAGUUGUAUGAGUUCUCAGAAGGUUGUUGAUAUGAUCCAGCGGCAUCUUCCUGAGACUCUUUGCGUGGCUAUCAAGAGAUGUCAGAGAGGAAGAUCUCAUAAGAUCAUUGAGUGGCUUCCUCAUAACUUAAAAUUUCGUUACUUGUUGUCAAAAGAAGUGGUAAAUCCGCAGAUUGUUUGACUAAAUCAUAAUAUAUUUUUUUAAUCUUUUUUUUUUUUUUUUUUGAUGUAAAGUGAACUACUGUGAUUUGAUUAGCGAGGAGCUCUUUGUAUAUAAAAUCUAUCCAAUUUCUUGUAUUUUUGGGUAAAGAUUAAGUGAAAUAGUGAGUUUUAUAAAUUUUGCUGUGAAUUGUGUUCUAGGAUAGUUUUGCUUUGAAGGAUUGAAUCAGAGGAAAGAUAUUAAUUUAAAUAAUCCUAUAUAAUCGAGAUAGGACAAACCUCAACGUAGCAUAGCAAGGGCAGCACUCCACCGUCUGAGUACAGCAAGCCCCUUCACCAUUUUCUGUUUUUCCAUUUUACUGUUGUACUUUUAUAACUGUUUGGCUCUGGAAUUUUCUCUUCAACUUUAUAUGGUGCACUCACUUUACACAAGUGUAAGCUGGAAUUGGAAAGGAUCUUCCCUGUCCUUUCUUCCUUCUUGCGUUACCUCAUCUUUACCUUUCCCUGCCUUUAUUCUGACUCACAUGCUGCUCAAGCAGGCAUCAACUUUUCAUGGUAUCAGAGCUCAACUAGCUCAGUACACUCUUGGACGAUUCAGCCACAUCUGACCUCAGCUA